CGUCAUUGUUCUGCGACGUUGCCCAUCGCAACGUUUACCAGCCGCUACAAAGAUUCUUCUCCCGAAGAAUGUUCAUUCCGAAGUAAAGCAUCGCGCAAAGGAGAACUCCAUAAAUAUAUCCUUGUAAUUUUAAAACACUUAUUCCUAAAAGAGAAGAACAAGGAAAGAGGAGGAAUGCCAAAAAUAAGUAAUGACACGCUGUGGGAACUGGCCGCAUCGGAGGUGCACAGUCAAGAGAGCGGAACUGUUGAUGAAGAGGGUGAUACCGUCAUCAAUCCAACGGCAACCGGUGAAAGGACCGUUUUUUUCAUAGGGAGCAAGGCAGGGGGUAAGACCACAAUUCUGCACAGAUGUCUCGACAGGGAUGAAACACCGAAGCCUACUCUGGCUCUAGAAUACACCUUCGGAAGAAGAGCUCGUGGACACAACACGCCCAAAGACAUCGCUCACUUUUGGGAGCUGGGAGGUGGCACUUUGCUGUCCGAUCUCAUCCAGAUCCCCAUCACCGCACAGAAUGUGAGGACCCUGUCUGUGGUUCUGGUGGUGGACCUGUCCAAGCCCAACGUGCUGUGGGGAACCACGGAACGGCUGCUGCAGGUUGCACGGGCACAGGUGGACCGAGCGUGCUCCAGCCAAGCCACAGGGGAGUCCAGGACCGGCAAACAGCCCACCAAAAAUAGUAUCCCCGGAACUCUCCACAAGGACCACCCAGACAGAGAGCUGAUCAGCCCUUUCCCUGUCCCCCUGCUCGUCAUCGGGAGCAAGUUUGACGUCUUCCAGGACUUUGACUCGGAGAAGAGGAAAGCCAUCUGCAAGACCCUGCGGUUCCUCGCCCACUAUCACGGAGCAUCUCUGAUUUUCAGCAGCAGUAAGUCCGAGGGCCUGAUGUCAAAGACCAGAGGCUUUGUCAACCACCUGGCGUUUGGGACUGACAGGGGGAAGACUGUGUCCACUGACCCCAGUAAGUCCCUCAUUAUUCCAGCUGGGAUGGACUCUCUCAGUCAGAUAGGGUCUCCGCCGGCAACAGACUUUGACAUCGGGACUCUUCACGCCCGAAGCCCCCUGGACCUGUGGAAGAAAGUGUUUGAGAAGAUCUUCCCUUCUGAGAGCACUAGUGACCCCAAAGACCUGAAGGACCCUACAAAAGACCCCCAGUACAGUGAGGCAAAGAUAGACUCCAUGAGAGCACAGAAGGACCAGGAGCUGGAACAGUAUAAAAGAAACGCAGCCAAGUCCUGGAAAGGCAUGGAGCUGGAGUCCCAGAAGAGCUAACAUCUCCUCCUCCGGCUGGGAAACAGCAGUCAUGACCUCCCUUUGGAUAUGAGAAAGAGCCUUGCGUGGGUGAACCGGUUUCCACAAAGUUUAAAAACGGUCAACAUAUUAAUGUGGAUUCCUUGUACAGGCAUUGGAAAUUGAAUACUGUUCAAAAUGUGACUUUUUUUUUUGAAGGACUGAAAUUUAUGUAUAUGUCUUAGUGUUUUUUCUAUAUUGCAUAGUUUCAAUAUCAAAUACAAUAUGUCUAAUGGAAAUUAGAAUGAGACUGCUUCACCCCUUCCUGGAGUAAUUCACAUAAUGUUUUAUUGAUGUACAUAAAUUGUUUGAUGAUAAAAAUCCAUUGUAAAAUAAAUUACUCUCUCUUUAA